AUGUCUACGGGUAGUCCAGAACCUCCUACUGGAGGAGGAACCCUCUAUCUUGGGAGCGAAACCCCCAUUCUGGCUGUAUGGGGUGGUGUCGGUUUUACGAGAGUGCCCUUGAAAGACUUACGAGACCUCUACGCUCUGCACAAAAACGACCUCGAAGAAUUCCUCCAGCGCUGCAGUAAAACCAUGCGGUCUCUUGCUUCACAUGAAGUUGAGAGGUCAACAGACAGUGUGCAGCACGACCUUAUGGAAUGGAUUACCGACUCAUCGCGACGACCGCCGCCCGGUCAUGCCCUACCCGCCGAGGUCUCCGGCGUUGUGACUGCCGUUCUGCAAAUUUCUCGCUAUGUGAUAAUGUGCAGGAGGUGUAGGUUGACUCCAGGAGAAAUGGCACAGUCCUUUUCGGCGUUUUCAGGUCAUUCAGUCGGCAUCGUAGUCGCCGCUUGGAUGGCGGUGGCUGACUCAUGGUCGUCACUUUAUGAAUUGACCGACGUAGUUAUGUCCGAUAUUUACUACGGUAUACGUCAGGCAAGCUCCACAUGGGACCAGAGAGUCAAAGUUCCCCAGGCGACAGCAACCGAAUGUGUGCGACGAGGCGAGGGCGCACCCUCCUCAAUGCUCUCCAUCACAGGCCUCGAACGAUCCAAGAUUACCAAAGAAAUCGACGAAAUUAACAUGACACUACCCGAGGGUCGGACAGUGCAUUUGGCGCUCAUCAAUGAUAUGGACUCCUUUGUUGUAGCUGGAAGCCCAGAAGGUCUGGUAGCUCUGGCUAGCCGGGUGAGAACACCACAAUCAUCCGAUGUUGAUAAGGCGCACACCCUGCUUAAAGAUCACCAACCCCGAUGUUCCCUUCAAUUUGUUGCCUCAAAUCUGCCUUUUCAUUCGCCACUUCUCCAGAAAGCAGCGACCGAAAUUCGAAAAAAGCCGAACCAGCGCCGACUUCACAGGGAUAAGAUAUUAGUACCCGUAUGGGGCCUAGAAUCACUGGUUGAGGAAGACCCGAGCUUGGCAGAUAACCUGGAGCAUUGUCUCGUUGAGAUGAGUCUUUCAAAACCUGUAGACUGGCCUAAGACUUUGGAUUCCAUGAGUGGGCGGUGGCAGGUGCUAGACUUCGGACCUGGAGGCUCCAAUGGCAUCGGAAUGGUGAUCAACAAAAUGAAGGCGGGCACUCAAAGUAAAAUAUACACAGUUUGUCCCGUGGAGCGUUGGCGGAGAAGCACUCAGGACAGUCCCUCGGCCAAUCUCAUCUCGACUUUAUCCAUCGGUCCAACUUCGCGACAAUAUUCCAAUGCCGAGUUCGUGGAGCGGGAAGUCUCUGGACAGGAAACGAGAAAUGCGCGGGUCGCGUCCCGUUUCAUGCAUGCUAUGGGUUUGCCAAAUCUUCUGGUAGCUGGCAUGACGCCAACAACCUGCGAUCCAGCCCUCGUUGCAUCUAUCAUGAACGCUGGGUUUUAUGCGGAAUUCGCAACGGGUGGCUACCAUGACGCACAGUCAUUGGAAAAUGCCGUUUGGACAUUAGCGAAAUUGAUUCCACCCGGUCGACUCAUAACUGUGAAUGUUGUCUAUGCAAAUCCUCAAGGUCUCAGUUGGAUGAUCCCACUCUUGGCAUCACUUGUUCGGAAGGGCUGUCCCAUUGGUGGGCUAGUCAUUGGUGCUGGCGUUCCAUCUGCACAGAUUGCUGCUGAAUACAUCAAAGUUCUGGAGCUUUCAUACAUAGGCUUUAAGCCAGCUUCAGUUUCUGCUAUUCAUCAAGUAUUAGAGAUUGCCAAAUCUCACCCCACUCUUCCGGUUCUCCUUCAGUGGACCGGAGGACGGGCAGGGGGGCACCACUCCCUCGAAGAUUUCCAUCAGCCAAUUCUUGAAACUUACCAUGCUAUCUACGAAACGCCGAACAUUCUUCUAGUAGCCGGGAGUGGCUUUGGCGACACGGAAGGGUCGUGGCCUUACAUUUCUGGGAAGUGGUCAGCUCACUUUGGCCGAGAGCCGAUGCCCUUCGAUGCAAUUCUGCUCGGGACUUGUAUCAUGACUACCCUAGAAGCAAACACCAGUCACGGCGCCAAGCAGGCUUUGGUCUCCGCUCGUGGUGUAGCUGAUGAAGAAUGGACACGUACCUUACAGGGCUCUACAGGGGAUGUCAUUUCCGUCAUAUCGCACUUGGGAGAACCAAUGCAUGUUCUUGCUACUCGUGGUAUGCAGUUGUGGGCUGAGCUAGAAAACACCCUAUUCACGCUCCCCAAGGACAAAAUGAUCACAGCACUUCAUUCUCGCCGUGAAUAUCUCAUCUCCCGAUUGAACGGUGACUACCAGAAGGUCUGGUUUGGAUUUGACUAUGUCUCGAACAAAGCUGUGGAUCUCGCCGACAUGACCUACUUUGACGUGCUUCGUCGGCUCAUUGAAUUGCUCCACCCGAAUGUAAAAGGAGACUGGACUUUCCCGUCAUACCAAAAAAUUUUCAAUGCGUUCCUCGAGCGAACCAUGGAACGUUUUGAUGCUGUUCCUCUCGACAACGCGAUUACCCCACAAGAGAAACUGGACGCGGUGGCCUCUGCUAUACCACAUUCCGCCUCACAUUUCUUGUCAUUCCAAGACACACACUUUUUUGUGGAUCUAUGCCAGAAAAGAGGGCAGAAGCCAGUUCCUUUCAUUCCGAUUCUUGACUCGGAAUUUCCUGUUUGGUUCAAGAAAGAUCCACUUUGGCAGUCAGAAAACCUAGAUGCCACCCAUCACAGGGAUGCCGGCCGUGUGUGUAUUCUGUGUGGCCCUGUAGCGGUCCAACAUUGCAAAGAGGUCAAUUUACCUGCAUCCACAAUGCUCCACCAGAUCUACCAAGGUUAUUUGUCCAAGGGAGCUGAAUUGCCCCAAUCAGCCGUGUGGUUGGAUGAGAAAUGUGACCUCUUGCACGCUCUCGAAAUGGUCAAUGUCACACUCAAAGAUGAUGUAAUUCAACAUCCUUUCGGGGCCCUCGAUGCUGUGAACAGCGAAAGAUGGCUACUCCUACUAGGGUCUCAAUUAGGGGACUGGGGUAGGCGCCUCUUUGGAGCCAAGAAACUAAUAUCUCACGAACGGGCAUAUGAGAACCCAGUCAGACGCAUAUUUUCUGCCCGUCCAGGUACGCUAGUGCGGCUUUUAGAGAAGACCAAAGAUGGCUACAAUGGCGCAGAAAUAUGUGACCGCACUACUGGCUUAGUUGAUGCGCGACUGUCGAGUAAUGGAAGCACUAUUACUGCAGUAAUACUCAACAGAUGUUCCCUUGGUGGUCAUCUCCGUGAAUUAUCCCUUCAAUUUGUUUACGAUCCAUCGUGUUCGUAUGCUCCUAUUGUGGAGAUAACGGAAGGCCGCACACAGCGAAUACUUGACUUCUACCACGGUGUACUUUUUGGCCCGAUUAUGAUCCGCUCCAAAAGCGUAAGACCUCGGUUCAUGCAGCACUCUUCUUUGUCUGUCUCAAAAGACCAUGUACUAGCCUGGAUGCGAGCGGUUGACGGCCAGGAACUAAAGACUGCAGAUCCCCUGGGCCCCAAUGGGGAGGUCCCCAUUGAGUAUGCUACGAUCUUAACUCUGAUGGAUCAAUGGCGCCAUCUAUUUACAUGGGAUUGGGAUAUCUCGAGGCUUUUGCAUCAGCGUACCAUGGUUAAAAUGAGAGAUGGCCACCGGAUGCUUUCUGUGGGCGAUGAAGUAAAGGUUACCACCCAGAUUCGCGCUUUGCAUAACCGCGAGUCAGGAAUCGAGGCUGUCUUCGAUGUUAGAUACGAACGAGAAGGCGUAAUUUUCAUGGAUUGCGUCCAGCAAAUUAUGAUGCUCGGCCAACGAGCCGCUGAGUCCGACUGUUAUGACUCCGGUGAACCCACCACUUGGAUGCUGCCUCUACGGAGUGAAUCGGAUGUGCAAGCAAUACUGGCCAGGCCAUGGUUUUCUUUGGUUGCUGGCCAAGAGUCGUUGCAUGUUGGUCAAAAUCUGAUCUUCGAGAUACAGCGUGAGACUCGGCUGCAAGACGGUAGUUCCAUCGCCACCACGUUUGGAGAUGUAUGGUUCCAGGAGUCGAAAUAUCUCUGUGGCAAGGUCAAGCAUAUGUGCAAAGCCACCCUUCCUGACGUUGUUGCAGAUUUCUUGAAACGGGAGGCUUUCCACAUGGGAGAACCGGGUCGGCUGCCACCACAGACUGGCAUGACGUUCCAGGUCAUCACUCCAGACAACAAUAUUGAAUAUGCUGUAGCGGGCGGCGACUACAAUCCAAUACACACCAUUCCCACUUUUUCACGAUUCUCGGGCUUUGAAGUGCCGGUCUACCACGGCAACCACACGAUCGCCCUUGUGCUUCAACUUAUCCGACGUGAGAUUCCGGGCGCAAAUGUCAUUACACUUCGCAAAUACGACGUAUCUUUCUCUGCAGUGGUUUUCCCAGGUGAAAAGCUCAUGGUUUUGGUGAAACAUGUCGCCAUGGAUGAAGGGCGGGCCGUUCUUAGCAUCUCUGCCCAGCGCGAAGGAUCGGAGGAAACAGUUCUGGCCGCUGAAGUUGUGCUGGACCCACCCACGACAACACUCCUCUUCACUGGCCAAGGCAGCCAGUUCCAAGGAAUGGGUCUGGACAUGAUUUCUGAAAGUCGUAUAUGUCGCCGUGUGUGGGCAGAAGCGGAUGCAUACUUCGAACAUAACUGGGGUUCGUUAUCCCUCGCUGCUAUAUCGGAAUUGCUUACUGACAUCUCUAAAAUAGGAUUUUCAAUCACCCAAAUCGUCAAGAACAACCCAAAACAAACAACUGUGAACUUUUGUGGAAGACUUGGCAUGCAAGUGCGAAAGAACUACCUGGGUGUUCAGCAGAUGUUGAGCGCUGGACCAUCUACUCGCGAGCUCGAGCUCUUCAAGGGCCUUACUGUCAGGUCUCGAUCAUAUACCUUCUUCAAAGAGGAUGGUCUUCUGAGCAUGACGCAGUUCGCCCAACCAGCUAUAUUUGUGCUCGAGAAAGCCGCGUUUGAGUAUUUGAAGGAGCAAGGCCGGGUGCCUCUCAACUCACACUUUGCAGGUCACUCUCUCGGCGAGUUUGCUGCACUGGGCUCCAUGACAUCUAUCAUGUCGGCAACAGCGGCGUUGAAAGCAGUAUUCAUUCGUGGUGCCCUGAUGCAAGCAGCAAUUCCUCGCGAUGCGUUGGGACGCAGUGCGUUUGCUAUGAUGGCUGUGGAUCCGGCCCGUGUAAGAAAAGAAUGCUGCGAAGAAAACAUCUUGAGAAUUAUCGAUGAGAUAGUCAACAGCACCGGGCUUCCACUAGAAAUGGUCAACUUCAAUAUCAAAGGCCACCAGUACGUCUGUGCAGGCGACAAACGGUGCCUUGAGUUACUGCAAAGAGUUACAGACGAGCUACACCAUGGCAAAUUGAGUCUUGACUGUUCUGCUAUCCUAGUUGCCAAGUAUUCCAGCAAGAUGGCGACAUCAGCCAAUGGUGUUUCCUUGAGCCGUGGGACGGCAACAGUGCCACUCAAAGGCAUUGAUGUGCCAUUCCAUUCAAGCCUCCUAGCACCUAUGAGGGGGGUAUUCCGUACCAUACUCGCUGACUGUGUGGAUAAGGGUGAGGUGCAGCCAGAUGUACUAGUUGGAAAGUGGAUCCCCAAUGUGACAGGAAAGCCAUUCGCGCUCGACGAUGCUUAUGUCAAAUUGGUUGGUGAGAUGACUUCCUCAAUGGGCUCUCAAAUAUCUGCGUGA